AUAGAAUCAAAUUUUUCCUAGAUUCAAGUAUUUCCUUGAUUAGUAGUUCCUUGUAGAAUACAAGAAGAGAAGAAAUAGUGAAAGGGAAACCCUCUUUUGACGGCAAUAGAAGAGAUUCCAAGCCACCGUACUGUAUUCAUACUAUACAUUUUACACUACUGAUUUCUACGUCAAGAUCUGUCAAACUUGAUUUUUACUGCACGGUAGAUACCGACGUACAUUCACUCAAAUCACAGCUAGGCGACAUAACAUACGCGUACAUAUCAAAAGAACAAUCACUAUGAAAACGCAAAUACUAUCGGCUGCCUUGAUUAUUCUACUGCUGAAUUCUGUCCAUCUUAUCCAAGGCUACUCUCGUGAUCGAGUGUUACUACGCGAUGUGGAAGCCAUCACAUUACAUAGUGGUCGAAUGACCACAGGUAGAAGAUCCAGCCCUAUACCACAGAUAACAUGCGUUGGUGGUAGUGCCAGCCAUAAAUACCAACCCGAUGUGAUACAGUGUUAUAAUCGCGGAUGGGACGGAUCUGAAGUUCAAUGGGAAUGUAAAGCCAAUCUUCCAAAAAAGUACCGACUGGGCGCUGUUCAGGUAGCCUGCGAAGGUUAUGAUUAUCCAGACGACCCUUAUAUUUUGAAAGGUUCCUGCGGUGUCGAAUAUCGCCUAGAGUAUGCAUCUUCCAGUGGUUCAUAUAGCAAUAACUAUUAUCGUAGCAAAAAAGGGGGAAGCUGGUUUGGAAACUUAUUCAUGAUCGGUGUUUUGGUCUUUAUAUUCUAUACAAUUUAUAACCGGUUUUCAAGUGCUAACCACGAAAAAUAUCCAUACUUAAUCAGUCAUACGAAUUUAGCUUCUAUUGAUAAUUUGAUAUGUUAA